GAUGGCAUUGCUUAGGGUUUGGAAAUCUGAGAAAUGGUUUCAGAAGGUCAGUCGUUUGGCGUUCGGUUCUUCGGUAAUCACCUAUGGGCGUGAUUGCAAUUCCAUUUGAACCGUGUUUAUUCUCUGAACUUGAUGAUUCCAAGUUGUCGACCUUGUUGAAAUUGAUAGCAGUUCAUGAACUGCAGGUGCCAGUGCAAUUCGAGGUGCAAGUUGAAAACUGAUCCAAAGUUUCGUGGAUUUAUGCUACAGGAUAUAAUGAUGUCUGCUCACCCGCCAUCCCCAACCACCGUGGCCGUGCUCAGCCCCACCACCACCAUCCAACAUCCAGGCUUCGAAUUCAAGACACUUCCGACUAAGAUGAAAACCCCCACCAUUACAUUCCAACAACCCCUCCUCACCAAAUUCUUACAUAUUAUCCUCUUCUACAUUCUGAAUCAGAAGAGGAGUGUUUCUUGCUCUACCAAUGGCAAAGCAUUCGUGUUUCGAGCUUUUGAAAUUGAGUUUUCUGUUUUUGCUUUCAAUUGGUUUCUUUCUGUUAAGUCUUGCAGUAGAAGGAGCUGACCAGGAAUCUGAUGACAACACUGCUGCUCUCUGCAACACUGAUCUCAGUUCAUUUCUUCCUUUUCCAUACGGAAAUUUGCCGCGGAUGGUCUGCAGACCGCUUUGGAACUCCUAUUUGUUAAGGUAUUCUGAGUCCAAAGAUAACGAGAUCACCGUGGUGUUAUCAACCAUAUACAUAUCUGGAUGGGUGGGGAUCGGAUUCUCCGAAGAUGGAAAGAUGCUGAAUUCUAGCUGUAUGGUGGGAUGGAUGAAUGCAGAAGGGCGAGGAAAGAUUAAGCAGUAUCAUAUAAAGGGGUACAGUCCAUCGGAGAUCAAGCCGGAUGAGGGCAAACUCCCGCUGACCAAUGUUGUUCCGUAUGUGUCACUACAGGGUGCUACAAUAUACUUGGCGUUCCAGUUGAAAUUCGACAAACCUCUCAAAACUCAGCCUAUCCUGUUGGCCUUCAGCACCAAGACUCCGCACCAUCACCAUCUCACGCAUCAUGAUGACAAGAUCAGCAUCAACUUCGAUUUCUCCUCAGGUAACACGGGCAGCAGCAGCAGCAGCGUUGAUCAAAUAUCUCCGAGCCUUUUCAAAGACAGGAGGACACACGGGACAUUGGCGAUACUGGCGUGGGGGUUGUUUCUCCCGCUGGGGGCGAUCCUAGCAAGAUACCUAAGGCAUAAAGAGAGCCUUUGGUAUUAUCUUCAUGUAGGCUUUCAGUUCAUCGGCUUCUUGCUCGGAGUUGCUGCUGUCAUUGUUGGAUUGUCGCUCAAUCACAAGAUGCAUGCUUACAUCCCGGCGCACAAAGGGAUGGGAAUCUUCGUUCUUGUGCUCACCAUUCUCCAGGUGUGUGCAUUCUUUACGCGGCCUAGUAAGAACAGCAAAUACCGAAAGUAUUGGAACUGGUACCACAACUGGAUGGGGAGGCUGUGCCUCUUCUUUGCGGCCGUGAAUAUUGUGCUGGGAAUACACAUUGCAGGCGGCGACGAUGCCCAUGGCCAAGGCCAAGCAUGGAAAAUUGGGUACGGGUUUCUGGUGGGGUGCACCUUGGCUGUGGUCCUAUUCAUGGAAGCUGUGCUGCUUCUUAGACACAGAAGAAGGCUGUCGUCGUUGUCGGAGGUGGAUAACCACCCCGGCGGGUUCUCCCUGAAUUCGAUGGAGAAAGAGAUAUCCCUUUAAGGAGAAGAGGGCAGUGAUGAUUGAUGCUGAAUUUUCGAGAAAACAAACAUGUACAAUUCAGGAUUUCAACAAGACUUUACUGGUUUGAUUGCGCAGAAAGUAUAUAUGCAAAGUUUAGAUUUGGAAUUGGAAAUGGAAAUGGAUAUGAAGAUUGAUGAUGAUGGAUUAAUGAGAUUUUGUAGUGUAUAAUGAAUGUGAAAUUAAAGGAAGGGAUAUAUAUAUAUAUAUGUAUGUAUGUAUGUAUGCAUGUAAAGGGGAUGAAAUGAAAAUGAAAAUGAUGAUGAAUUUUGUGUAGAGGCAAUAGAGGGUUUUAAUUUAAUUUAA